CUGAAACUUCUUUCGUCGAUAUCUAGCACAUGCGUGAUCCAUGCAGAUCAAAAAGAACCCACCAGGGCUGAAAAAAUUGAUGCUUUGAAGGGUAGUGGCAGAAUCGAAGUUAUUGGAAGUGUUGGACAGGACUCAACAUUGGCACUUGAUGCAGAAGAAAGAACUGUCGCGGCUAUGGUAGAAACUGAUGCAGAUAAAGCGGAGGCGAGGCAGGCAUCGAUUAUUAGUAAUGCAGAGAAACAAAGUCUUGUUGAACCUCCACCGGACAGUUCGCAAGGCAAUGCAUCUGAAAUAUUAGCGAAAAUUCCAAGUGAAGUACAAACUGACGAUUUAUCUGUGUCAUUUGAAUCGUUCAACUCAAAGUUAGAUACAAAAAUGAAUCCAAUUGCUCUUGGAGGAGGCCGUUUUGCAGAAACAAUAAAAAUGCCCGUUACUGCACCCGAAGACGUUUCAGAUGAAGCGAAGAUGGUCGCUGAGUCAGUUCGUCUAAGUAAGGUAUAUUGGUAUUACCCACCAUCACCUUCCAAAUGUGCCGGGCGUCUAUACGACCCUAUACGAUACUUUUGCUGCGAUGGGCGUUUACAUUGGAAGACAAUUUACUAUCGUUAUUACUGGUACAGGAAGCAAACCUACACAGACGCCUGCUGUUGCGGAAAACCAUACAACUCGAACCUUCAAAUCUGCUGCAAAGAUAAGCUCUAUGAUAUAUACAAGAUAGGGAGAGUAAAUUAUAUUGGCUGCUGCAAGGAUGAGGCGUAUGAUACACAGAAAAAACUCUGCUGUGAUGGCAAAUUGUACAACAACGACCUUGGUUGCACUUUGCGUUGUUGUGGACAAGAAGCGUACAGAGCGAAGGACGCAAUGUGUUGCGACAAAGUGGUUGUCCCAAGGCAGGGUGAUAAGCCAAUGUCGUGUUGUGGUAACGAAGGAUACCAUCCACCAACUCAAAGAUGCUGCGGAGGAAAAUGUACUAUAUCGAGAGUCAAGGAUGAGGGAUGUUGUGGUGAAGGGGUCUACAAUAUUAAAAAAGAAAUAUGUUGUGGUAGCAGAGCUUUCCCGAGAACGGAAAACACACAAUGCUGCUGGAACGCAUAUGGGGCAUCUACCACAUAUGAUUCCCUCAAACAGAUAUGUUGUGGUGGAAGAGUGUACAGCCGGAUAUACGGCCCAAACACCAGAUGUUGCAGUUGUUAUCAAUUUGGUUACUAUACCGCGCAGCUGUACAAUGUGGCCAACCAAAGAUGCUGCGGAUGUCGGGUGUAUAACAUGCCCUCGGGACCCAAUGGUGCUGAAUACACCGCCUGUUGCUGCAACUACCACUACUACUACUACAACCGAUAUUGUCCCUACUACCCAUACUCUUAUUACUACUCAAGGCCAUAUUACUACCAUUACAACUAUCCAACGUGUAGACUCUACGCCCCCACAAAACAGUCGUGCUGUAACGGACAGGUUCUGCCGAAAUUCAACUCGCCAUUCGGAUGUUGUAACAAACAAAGGUAUAACUACGAUAAGCAGCUAUGUUGUAAUGGUCAGGUUCGACCAAGACCUGACAAAUUCACCGUGUGUUGUGGAACUUCAACAUAUGACUAUCGAAUUGAAACUUGCUGCUAUAACCAGGUGUUAAAGAAAGAGGGUACAAAGAGCGCUUGUUGUGGGUUCGAACUGUAUGACCCAAAGAAACAAAGCUGUUGUAACGGCCAGGUGACUAGCGGAGGAAAAGGGUACAUCUGCUGUGGAAACAGAGCGUGGCGCUCGUCUCUAUAUGGUUGCUGCAACAAUCGACCUUAUUACAUGAAAGGUUAUUCAUGUUGCAACGGAUUGGUUGUUCCGGGAGGGGGCUCAAGGAGUUGUUGUGGAGAAAAAACAUAUGAUCGCGAAACUGAAAUUUGCUGUUGUAACUGUGUACAUCCGAGACGUUAUGGCAACACCGAACGCUGUUGUGGAAAGGAAGUCUACGACACCCGAACUGGUGUGUGUUGUUGGCAAACACAAUGUGUUAAAAGACGUCCGUCUCAAAAUGGCAUCUACUAUUGUUGUUAUAAUACUGUGUACAACUCGGCUACACAACAAUGCUGUAACUCUGCAGUUAUUUCAAACAAUAUACCUUGUAUAUAAUGAUAAUGGUAAGGAAUAAACAACACUAUAUUAUGUAUACAAACUG